UGUUUUUGAAACACGGCUAUACAUUUCAACAUCAGUUAUCAACUUGAUGCCUGGAAUUGUUUUGGAAAAGCUACUGCCAGAGGAGGAGGAGGAGGAGAAACAACAAGAGGGAGGAGCAGUUGUUCAUAUUUAUAACGGCACACGUAACUUUCUUGACAUUUGUUUGGUCCAGGUUGUCAGGUCUCCAUGUCUCAGAAAGACAUGAAAAGUAUGAACUGUUAAGAAAUACUAAUAGAUAUUGAACAGAAAUAUUAAUUCUUGCCACCCCUGGAAGUCAGGUUUUAUUUCAAAUGAAUUAAACGUUUCACUUUAUAGCUCUGUUAGGACAGGUGUCUGAUUAGACAGUAUAGCAAAGCCUGAGACAAGAUGAGAUCUGUUGUAUUGUUGCUCCUAAGUCUCUGCAGUUGUCUGUCACAUGGUUACAGGAUUCAGACCAUCCAGCAAUGUGGAUCACACUGUAAUCAGGGGUUGCACUGUAAAACAAAGCCUGACUUAUCUUUUCCACAAUGCAAGAAACCUCCCAAAGGCCUCCAAGACAAUGUGUCCCUCAACAUGAGCGUCUCCACAGUGAUGAAAUGUGAAGGGCGACAGCAGUGCUCACUUUUCCUCCAAGUGAGGAGCACUUUGUUGAUGAAUGAGCAUGUGAAGGGUGUUUCCAUAUGCACAGUUGCUGCAGGCGUGAUGGAACGCUGCAGGACCCAUACCUUCCCCAAAGGAGCUGUGAAGCGCCUCAGUACACAGCAGGUUGAAAUUCAAGACAACUGCUUUGAAGUGGCUGUAGGACAGAUCGUCCAUGUUACACUGAAAACAAGCCCUGAAUUUUGUCAUUUGAGUGUUUCCAAAAUGUACAAUGUUCCAGGUUGCAACCACGCUGACCUUCAAAAAAACGUCCCAGAAUGCAUUGUAGGGGAAAUCACAUACCAGCUGGACUCUGAGAAAAAAGCGUUGUCUGUAUCAGUGAGCAACAUGCUGGAGAGCACAGACUACAACCUCAGGCUGUGUCACAAGGGAUACUUCUGUCGUGGAACUGGAGCCUAUGCACUUUUAAAAAAGGAAGAGCCAGUAAAGAAUGUGACACUGCAGUACGCCAGACCACUGCCUUGCUUGUGCAUUGAGGGUUGGUCCUCUGUGUUUGAUGCACCUCGAGUACAAGUCUGCCCCUUUAAGAAUAAUAUGGAGGAGUUGUGGUCUGGCGUGGCCUUUGAUUCAGUAGAGCAGAUGUUAUCAUGGGAACCGGCAUGUCAGACUGACGUCGUUGUCACUUUGUGCCAAAGAAGCGGAGAGGAAAUCUGUGAGAAUCUGGCCAAUGCCUCGAAAUCUGUUUCCAAGACAAAGGUUUUGUUCUCCACAGUGGAUCCACACCCACAACUUUGCAUGAAGUUUACUACAAAAACAGCUACCUGGAUAAAGUGUCCAUUUGCUGGCGGUGGUUUCACAGCCUGGGACAUAGGAGUAGUCAUGGAAAAUGGCAAGACACAGCUGUUGGUGACAUCAAAGAGCAGACCUACGCUUUUGAUAAGUUUCUGCCGCAGGACUGGGCCUUCAGCAUGUGAGGAAAACAAAGAUGUCAUCACCUUCAAUGUUGAGAAAUAUCAAUCGGUGGUACCCAACCUCACCUUCAAUAUGUGUGGUCAAAACUGCUGCAUUCAGGCAAAAAGAGCUGAUGUGAAGUAUGCCCCAACAAUUCUCCACUGUGAUUUCAAAUCCUCCCCAACUGGAGAGGCACCGUUCCCUGUGCCCAGCAGUAGCCACUGGGAGGCCGUGUGGAUAGUUGCACCAGCUGUGGGACUGCUGACUGCACUACUCGUGGCGCUCUUCAUGCUUGGAAUUGCACUCAUCAUAGCUCAGUGCGCAACAUCUGGCUAUUCAAGGUCAAAGUCAUUUAUUGCAGACUCAGUGAAAUCAUCUUCUCCUCAAAAAGCACUACCACGCAUUUACUAUAAUUACCCAACACACCAGGAUACUGCUAAUUUUGAAAAUAAAAAUCUAUUGAAUUGGGCCAAAAAAGAUUCAACAAUAGUUUAGUUGUUUUUAUGUCGGUGUAAUGUCACUACGUCAUGUGAGUACUGUUGAUGGUGAGAUUUGUUUAAGUAAGCCUGCAAGGAUCCAAUAAUUGCUCAAACUAGUGUGAGUUGAAACCUAAUCUGAGAGUGUAACCUAUUUAUGAUAUAUUUUUUGUAGUUGUGGUCGUCAAACAUUUCAGCAUAACAUUAUCAAAAUACUGGGGAAGUAUAAAAGCCUAACUUCUAGUCAUGUCUGGCUUGAUGAAAGACAUUUGUGACAAGAAUUGCUGAAACUAGUGUGAGUUGAAACCUAAUCUGAGAGUGUAACCUAUUUAUGUAUAUUUUUUGUGGUUGUAGCUGUGGUCUUCAAACAUUUCAGCAUAACAUUAUCAAAAUACUGGGGAAGUAUAAAAGCCUAACUUCUAAUCAUGUCUGGCUUGAUGAAAGACAUUUGUGACUUGAAAGCCUGGUAUACAGUAGUUAUCUGAUUCAUUAUGUACUGUACAUACGCAUUGCACUUGACAUUUUGUAUAUGCAUUGAAAGAUUUAUUUUUGUUAUCUGUUUUUUAAAGUUCAUAUUUAUUUAUUGAUAUAUUCAUGACAGGUCAUCGAGAAUAUUUUCUCAGAAUAGCUCUUUUACAGUGGCAUUCAGAGAGUCCACCAUUCUGAUCCCAUACACUGACACAGGUCUUUAAAUGGUAAACAAAUGUGGUGUUUUGGACUGAGCUAUAAACAACUCCACCCACGGGAUGGUGCUUUAGGUGUGUGGAAGGGUGGGGUGUCAUUUGAUUUGUUGUUGACCUCAGGCAUCAACAACCUUUGGCAAAACCAAGACAACUUUAAGAUAAUGUAUCGCUGUAUUGACAAUGAUAUGUAGCCUGUUAAUAAAGUAACUGUUUGAUAAAACAA